UGUGAUCGAGUAUCCGUUGUGUGCUUUUAUUUACUUUCGAGGCGUUUACGGGUCCUCUAUAAAAAUCGAGUCGAUGCAAUCUUAUCUAUCGCCACACCCUUCUGCAGCAUAAAAAAUUACCGCAACGUCAAAAAUUCCCGGUAAUCCAGCCGAUGCGAUAAUCUAGACACUCGCGAGCCAUCCACGCAGUCUCCGGCCGCUCAGGCGCAGUAGUGAAACGUCUCCAGGCGUGGUCUCCGCCCUCUACUGCACCCACAACGAAUUUGCCCUCAUAUCUCUCUUCUGCGCAGCUCUCGCGAGUCGUCCCUGAAUUUCGACCCCUGGCAUACCCCUUCAGUUCCUCGUGUGCAUAAAUUAAACUCGAUCGACUGAUCAUGAAGAACAAGAACAUCUCGGUUCUGAGCAAACUGUGCAAGUGCUACUCGCGCGAGCAGAUGCUUCAGGAGGAGGAAGACCCCGAGGAUUCAUCAGGGUCAAGUUCAGCGGUGACGUCACAGAUCAGAGAUGCGUGCAAAGACCUCAUCCUCACGGACGAGCAGCUCCGGCUUGUCAUGGAGCGGCUCAGGCACCAGAUCGACCGGGGUCUGUCCAAGCAGAGCCACGAGGAGGCUAUCGUCAGAUGCUACACCACCUACGUGCAGGAUUUACCCAACGGCACCGAAAAGGGCAACUUCCUGGCGCUUGAUCUGGGCGGUACCAACUUCCGCGUACUGCUGAUCACCCUGGACGGUCAGAGCUUCGACAUGAAGAGCAAGAUCUACGCGAUACCGCAGAGCCUGAUGCUGGGCACGGGUCGUCAGCUGUUCGACCACAUCGCCCAGUGUCUGGCCCUCUUCGUCAAGGACCUCAAACUCGAGCAGGAGGUUCUGCCCCUUGGCUUCACCUUCAGCUUCCCCCUGAGCCAACAGGGCCUCACCAAGGGUCUUCUCGUCAGGUGGACCAAGGGAUUCAACUGCAGCGGCGUCGUCGAGCAGGACGUCGUUGCCCUCCUCGAGGAUGCCAUCGCUAGGAGAAAUGACGUCAAAAUCGACGUGUGCGCGAUCUUGAACGACACCACUGGUACGCUGAUGUCCUGCGCUUGGAAAAACAAGAACUGUCGCGUUGGCCUCAUUGUUGGUACCGGCAGUAACGCCUGCUACGUGGAGAAGACGGAGAACGUUGAGUGCGCGAUACCGGGCCAGUACGCGGCGCACAAACCCCACAUGCUGAUAAACACGGAGUGGGGCGCGUUCGGCGAGCAGGGCACCCUCGACUUCGUCCUGACCGAGUUCGACCGCGACAUCGACGAGAACUCGAUCAACCCGAGCAAACAGCUCUUCGAGAAGAUGAUAUCGGGAAUGUACAUGGGUGAGCUCGCCAGGCUGGUACUGGAGAAACUCACCAACAACGGACUGCUCUUUAACGGCAAGUGUUCCUGCGAUCUGAGGAAGCGCGGCAAGUUCUUCACCAAAUACGUGUCCGAAAUCGAGUCCGAUCCUAAGGGAAAGUACGCCAACUGCCGAGAGAUCCUGGCUGAGCUGGGCAUCAGGAAUGCGACGGACCAGGACUGCGAGAACGUGCGGUACGUCUGCUCGGUCGUCUCGAGGCGAGCGGCUCAUCUGGCGUCCGCGGGUAUCGCGACGCUCCUCGUCAAGAUGGGCGAGAACAACGUGACGGUCGGCGUCGACGGCUCUGUCUACAGAUUCCAUCCUCACUUCCACGACCUCAUGGUCGAGAAGAUCAGCGCGUUGCAGCCGUACAAGUUCGACCUGAUGCUUUCGGAAGACGGCAGCGGUCGCGGUGCGGCGUUGGUUGCCGCAGUAGCCGCGCAAAAGCGGUGAAGCUAGGCGGCAGGGCCGCUUACAACUUUACUUAAAAAAAAACUUCUAGACUAAAGUAUAAAUAUUAUUAUACAUAAUAAAUUUAAAAAAAGUACCGACAGAUUGAUACACUUCUGUACAUAGAGCACAAAGAGCGUAGUCUAGUUAACUGAAAGAAACAAACAAAACGAAAGAAAAAAAGAUUGAUGAAAAUACCUACCACUCACACAUGUCGGAGAGCGAAGGAAAGACGUCGGAGAGGGCUUGGCCAAGCCCGACUGUGCACCAGCCGCUUUGAACGAGUGAUCGUGAGGAGCUUGCGGAGCCGACGAUUUUUAAGUGAAAAUACACAUGAUACACGGGAAAAAAUGUUAACGGAAAAGUGAAAAUAUUAUUAUUAUUAUAUUAUUAUAUUAUUAUUCGUGGACGUCCGAUGCGUGGACGUCAGUAUAUCAUAUGAUUUUAUCGUUACCCUGAUCUUCUGAGAGGGAGAGAAAGAUAUAUACAAGUGCAUGUGUGAUUGUAAUAAUUGUUUCUCGUCGGGAAAACAGAUGCCGGACAAUUGUUUCUCGGUUCUUUUUACUGCGAUUAUAUUCGUUGAUUUUUUUAUAUAUUUUUUUAAAAUUGGCUCUUCGAAGGAUAAUACCGGACGUUGCGAAGAAUAAGGUGAAGAUAAAUGAAAAAAAUAUAUAUAUACAUAUAACACGAAGCUCCGCCAUAUUUUUUGAUACUGAAAGAGCCUCGCAUCGCUGUCGUAUUUUUAAUAUAUAUAAGUGAGCAAACUUGGAUAAAAAAAAUGAUGUAACAAAACGUUGUAGAGCGACUCAACGAAGAUCGACCUUCAUUUCUUUUUUAUUAUUGUACAUCGGUUUUAUUAUCGUUACUUAUCGAAUUCGUUUUAUGAAUUUGCCAGCAUCGGCAGCUAAAGUACACGAGCGUGUUAGCUAAAUAAAAAUAAAAUAUCGAAACGUAUGUAAAAUAUACUGCGACUCGCAUCCAAUGAUCAAUGGAAGAAAUUUCUGUCUGUAAAUUCAUAUUGUAAUUAAUCAUAUUAUAUUAUUAUAUAUUAUUAUAUUAUUACUAUUAUUAUUAUGUAUUAUCCGAGGUAUCAAAUUUUACUGUGUAGUGCAAGAGAGAAGCUAAUAUACGAGAGCGAAAGCAUUAGAGGGAUGAGAAAGAAACGUUGCGUCGACGAGAGCAAAGAUUAACGGUGAAUAUACGUAUUUGGAGGCCCCAGAUCGCGCGACUCAAUAUCGCAGGUCCGAAGUAAGGAGAAAGAGCUAGAAACGCCUUAACCACGAUAAUAUUAUGUAAAAAGAAACGUCUCAGCGAUCAAACCGCGAGUUUCUUCGACGUUUUCUCUCUAUUAAAUAGAAAAGAAACAAAGUUACUACUUCUGUCUUUAUUACCGCUCAAACUCUUUGAAAAAUUUUGCAACCAUUAUGUGACCGGCGACGCCGUUUCCUUCGACAAAAUUCAAACGAGAGAAAUAUACGAAACUCGCCGGUUCGCCAAGUCCGCCGUCAUUACAUAGUCGAGAAGCGAACCUUUGAAACACGCCUGCUUUAAAAAUAAAAAGCUCGCGUACGUAUAUAGAUGUAUACCCGAACACACAAGGCUAAACUUGUGCGUUGUCAUAUCGCGAAUAGAACAGAAGCGCGUAGAAGAGGGGCGAAGACGUGUAUACUUUUUACACUUUUCACGAGCACAGCGUUCCAACAUCGCUAAGCGGAAGAAAAUCCACACACCCUCAUGAACACGAGAUAUGCGUACAACGAAAAAAGGAAAAUAACCAUCGCGUCGGGGGGGCUCCGGCCACACGCUACAUUAAGUUCUCGAGAAACUUAUAUACGUCUGUGUAUAUGUAAUAAUGUGUGCGUGUGAGUUGCGUAUACGUGAAAAACAAGAAAAUAAUAAUAAUUCGACUGAGUGCGAGGAAGUGAAGCGCGCGAAGGGAGAGGCCGAUGAGCGUAUAAAUUGAACAAACAAAAAGUAAUAAUAAUUAUUGUGAAAAAAAAAAUUAAAUGGAAGGAGAUGAAGAAAGGGUUAUUAUUAGAUAGUCCAAGGAGCGAUCAUAUUCAUAUACGUUUAAGCCUGGCGAAUCUAUUAUACUUGUGUAUACUGUACUAUCGUUCGAAUCUUUAAAUUUCCCACUUCGUUGUGAUCGAGGCGGCGCGACGCACUGAAUAAGCGAAUAAAAAGGUACACACCAUGCGCGUGUACCUCGCACUGCUGUACGUCGUAUAAUAAUAUAAUGUAGAGACGCGACGACGAUCGUUAUCUGCUGAUAAGAGACGCGAGAAUAUUGCAUGCCUAGCCGCGCAGAGAACUUGUUUGUUCUCGCGCGGUUUUGAGUCAUGUACACCUGAUUCUUUUCGGAUUUCGAAAAGCCAUCGAGUUAGUAGUCUCUUGCUCGGCGUCGACGAUGUUUCGCCGUCUGUCGCGGAAGUCGGUGAGUAGAGUAUGAAGUAUCCGUAGCCGUCGAUUGAUAGCUUCGAUCGAAAAUCUCGAACGAGUCGACUCUUCGAAUAUAUUGUUUUAGCUUCUUUUAGUCACUAUUAUAAAUUCGAUUUUACUUGAGAACGACGAUUGACGAUCGAACUCGAGAUUUACGAUCGGAUCGACGAGCUGUUUAAGGUUUCGUAAAGGAGAACCUUUGAAGCGCGUUGGUAGUAUCAUAUAAAGAAUCGCGCCGUCACCUGCACGUUACGAUACAUCAAAGACUUUAUUAUUUCGAAGACGCUUUGUUAACAGAGUCACACAUUGUACAGCGGCAACGUUGCUUUCGAAUCUUUUUAGAGGAUAUUACUAUUAUUAUUAUUAUUAUAUGUGCGCGAGAGAGACAAAAGUAAUAGGAAAAAACUAUACGAUUGGUUUGUUAUAACGAUUCUUUUUAUAAAAGGCUGUAAUAAAGUGUGUACCACUUGUGUAUACUUUCAAACGUGGAUCCUGCGUAUAUUAUGAAAAUCCAAAGCGAUGGUAAAAAUAUUUAGCAACAAAAAGUCGACAACUAAAUAGCAAAACAAUGCCAGGCUGAGUCGAAAUACACACCAAGUGUGUGCAGGUGCUACAGCGCGAGGAAGAUUUACAAAACAAAAAAGCGUUGUUAUAGAGAAAAAAAAGUAAACAAACACAGAGGCCUUUAUGAGGCUAGUAACCGACCGGAUGCUUAAUUUUCAUGAUUAUUAAGGAAAACAAAGUAAUCAUAUGUAUAAAAGUAUACAAAGUACAUACAUGUAUAACAUUUCGAUUGAUCCACCAUAAUUUUUUUACAUCCAAGGAUAAAUGUUGUUGAAUAUGUACACGUUGAAAUUGCAAAAUAAAAAACUAUUGAAUCCUA